AUGUCGUUGGCCCGACUCCCCGUUGAAGCUAACGACCGGGAGUCCAAGAGGGCUAAAGGGAUGACCAUACCCCUAAUCGGAUUCUCGGAUGAGGAUAAACUAGGAACCCUCCAGCCCCACGACAAUGCUCUAGUCGUCACGCUCAGGAUUGGAGGAUAUGACGUGAAGAGGGUGCUAGUCGAUCAGGGUAGCGCCGUGAAAGUAAUGUACCCCGACUUGUACAAGGGGCUGAAGUUGAAACCAAAGGACCUGACGGCAUACGACUCCCCUUUAGUGAGUUUCGAAGGGAAAACCGUCAUUCCAAAAGGCCUGAUUAGGCUGCCUAUACAAACAGGCUCGGACAUAGUGGAGGUGGACUUUAUAGUGGUAGACUCUUACUCCCCCUAUACCGCCAUUGUAGCCAGACCGUGGCUUCACGCCCUAGGGGCUGUGUCAUCAACCUUACACCAAAAGGUGAAGUAUCCAUCGGAGGGUCGGGUGAAAGAAAUCGGCUCAGAACUGCUGCCCCAAGAGAAGGAAACGCUGAUUGACUUUCUCAGACAGAAUGUGGACGUAUUUGCAUGGGACACCUAUGAGACUCUGGUGGUCGAUCCAAAUUUCAUUUGCCACCACCUUAAUGUUAGCCCGGCCGUGACACUUAAGAAGCAACCUCCUCGGCGACCGUCGAAAGAGCAUGCAGAUGCUGUGAGAGAAGAGGUGAUGAAAUUGAAGAAAGCAGGGGCUAUCAAAGAGGUAUUUUACCCCGAGUGGCUGGCCAACACAGUCGUGGUGAAGAAGAAGAAUGGGAAAUGA